GAGAGAAAAAGACACCCAGGCAAAAAGCUGCGUUCUUCCUGGUACUUUUUCUUUCUGUCCUGGCUAUUCUUAUAUAUGCGUAUGGGGUGCUGAUAUGUAAAUAGCGUCGUGGCCCUGGAGACCGGCGUUUGCUUGUGCCUUGUGGUAGUCUUGUUAGGGCAUGUUCCAAGCCCAACUAUUACUAUAUCGCCUUGGAUAGGACGCUAUACUGCUAUUUUCAUAUAUUUUUUCUUUCUUUUAUAUAUAUAUAUAUAUAUACCACGAUACCAACAUGCUUGAGUCGGAAUUUCGACACUUCACGAUGAGCCGGCAGAAUACCCGGUAUCACUGCCCCUGGGAGCCGAUGAUCAUUGUCGGUGUUGCUGGUAGCUCCGGCUCUGGCAAGUCUUCCGUGUCCCAGGAAAUUAUUAACUUGCUUGAUCUCCCGGGAGCCUCCAUCUUGGUCAUGGACUCGUUCUAUAAGACACUCACGCCUGAGGAGAAUGCUAUCGCACAUGCAGACGAAUACGACUUUGACUCUCCUCUUGCAAUAGACUUUGACGUCCUUGUUAAACUAUUGCGAGACCUAAAGAAAGGCCUCAAAGUCGAUAUACCCAUUUACUCGUUCAAGAAACAUCAACGCGAACCUGAAACGACCCCGAUGCAUCCCCCGCGAGUUUUGAUCCUCGAGGGUAUACUGGCCUUCACCGAUCCAAGAAUACUGGAACUUUUGGAUCUAAAGAUAUUUGUUGAAGCAGACAUGGACGUUUGUUUGGGGCGGAGAAGUAAGUACUCAGAUACUCCUUUUUUGAUAUCUCAUUCAGACUCCGGGCACUGAUGUAAAAUCCGCCCAGUUGCACGAGACGUUCGUGAACGGGGAAGAACCAUCGAUAGUAUAUUGAAACAGUGGUUUAAAUUUGUGAAACCAUCUUAUACUAGAUAUGUUGAGCCUCAAAGGAUUAUCUCAGGUACUUAGAUUCCUCAACGACCAAGAUUAUAUUAUUAAUGUCUGUCAUAGAUAUAAUUAUUCCUCGAGGUAUUGAAAAUAAAAUAGCAAUCGGUAGGCUGACCUCUACCCACCACUACACGCUGUUUCCAUCUGACACUAACGACCCCAGAUCUUGUGGUGAAGCAUAUCCAGCGAGGCCUUGCAAAACAGGCCAGUUACUACAAUAUGCGUGACAAAAAGCCCUCUAUCGACCGCCGUCUUUCCUUCUAAUCCAGAAAGUUACUUUGUGUUGUGAUUAUUGUUCUGGGGAAACUAUCCGUUGUAGAUCCACCAUUCAUGGAAAUAGUGCUAUUUGGCUCGCUGGCUGCGAGAGUAUUUGACGACGAGAUUUAGGUUUAAUUUUCUAUUUUUUAUUUUUCCUCAUGAAAUCUAUGGCGUUGGCCUGUUUGGAGAAUGUUAGCGAUGAUCUGGAUGUAUGGACAAUCGCAGCAGCUAGGGACGGGGGCGUAGUGGCUUGGGUUAAGACCUAACGAUUUCGCUCCUUGCUUUAUAAUUUUAUUCAAUUUGGACAAGA